GUUUCAACUAGCGUCAAUAUAUUCCUAGCAGAACGUUCGACACUGUGCGCUGGGCGAGACUGGGCGUCUAAUACUGAGCUGUCAGAGAUCUGACCUCAGUAUCGGAACUAGCACCCCGUCUACCGCGUCUUCAGGCACGCCCCGUUGGUCGAACAGACACUGGCCAAGCUACUGGCUUGGAACUUCGCGGAAUGUCCACGAACGCGGUGCCCUCUGCCCGCUGUGGGCCAAAAGUGCCGCGCCAUACGGCGGCACCGCUCGGGCCAUUUUCUCCGUUGACGUCCAAUGGACAUCUGUACAGGGUCUUCCAAGGUCUGCUGAGAGAGGCUGAGAGUGUUGAAGGGUCCGAUGACCCAGGGAGAGACGCGGACCGAGUGCUCGAGAGGGUAUAAAACCAGAGCUUUGCGAGCACUAGAGGUCCUCAUCCCGUCAGCUCUUCAGCUUUCGCCUCCCAUCACACCUCCCUUUCACGACCUUCCGCUUCCGCUUCCACUUCACCGCAAUAACCAUGUACGCCUCCUCUGCCCUUCUCGCUCUCCUCGCCAUCGCUGCUCCCGCCCUCGCCAUCCCUACCACCCUCGCCCGCGACACCCAAUCCGUCUCAUACGACAACACCUACGACGACGGCUCGCAGUCGAUGGACACCGUCGCGUGCUCCGACGGCGUAUACGGCCUCGCAUCCAAAUGGGCCACAUUCGCCGACGUGCCCAACUUCCCGUACAUCGCCGGCGUGCCCGCCAUCACCGGCUGGGACAGCGCGCAGUGCGGCACGUGCUGGCAGCUCACGUACGCCGCGGGCGACAUCAACGAGUCGAUCUACGUGACCGGCGUCGACGUGGGCCGGGACGGCUUCAACCUGAGCGAGGAGGCGAUGAACGGGCUCACGGACGGGAACGCGGAGGCGUUUGGGCGCGUUAGUGCGACUGCGACGCAGGUCGCUACGUCCAAUUGCGGCUUCUGAGCGCGGCUUGGGAGGGCUGUUUCAUGAUAUAACACGAACUUGAUGGACAACUGGCCUCGCGCCACGGACACUUGACACCACUUACACAAAAGUUACAUCUGGACUCUGCAUACAAGGACUUUUUUUAGUACAUAGCAUUUGUGGGACUCUGUUAUUGAUUCAUGGACACAAAGUACAUACCAUUGUCGACACUGUUGUUGUUUUUAGGUGUACUCGACUAGUUUUGGGUUAUACUUCAGGGCGUAGUACUUGCGAGCUUUAGUGUUGUAAUCGAUCGUCGGGUGUUAUCUUCAUACAGUUUCCAGGAGAGUGAAUAUCGAGG